GGCUCAUACAAAGAUUUCAUUAAUCUUCGAUUCGAUAUUGAAUUCAAUUCAGAUGUCACAUUAGAACAGAUUGCUUAUAUUGUCGGAGAACAUAAUUCAAUCGAAGAAAAAAAUGGGAUUCGUUAUAAAGAAGACAAAAUUGAUUAUGUAAUUGAAGAUUUAGAUGAUAAUAAAAAAUACGAUUCAGAUGCAUCUAUCUCUUCAUUGUCAUCUAAUGAUUCUGAGACAACAAAACGUAGAAAAAAAGGAAAAACU